UAGAACGAGAGGACGGGUCGACUGUGUGUGAGAAGGGGAGUGACUUGGAGGGGAGCGUAUGUGUGCGCGUGAGGAAAGAGCAAGGGAAGUUGAAUCGCUGUAGAAAUCCCGCUGAAGGGAAGGACGCAGCUCUCCUGCAGCCAGCGAGCGUUUAAGCUAGUUGAGAGACGAAGGGAAACUAGAGGCAGGGAAGAAAGAAGGCGCCUCUUCGUCAUCGACUGCUGCUUUCCAAGCCGCCUUUCCUAAAUCUACUCGGUAUCGAAUCCUGCCCUGCCCUGUCCCCGACGCCCCAGGCGAGAGCAGGCAAACAGCUGAGCGUGAGAGCAUGAAAAACUGCAAUUCCUAUUUUGAGAGCAUUUUGUGUCUGACAGUUGGCAGCAACGGACGCCAACAGGUUUAUUUCAUAUCAUCCAAUGCAUGGUUUCUUUGUUACACAACUGUCCUGUUCACAUUGUAUUGGAGAUGGCAGAACUCAGCUCACAAGCAAACAUCAAGGAAAAGAUCAGUGCAGUGCGGUCACUUGUUCCCAACAAAAGCAACAAUGAGAUAGUGCUGGUGCUACAGCAGUUUGAUAACAAUGUAGACAAGGCUGUACAAGCUUUUAUGGAUGGAAGUGCACUUCAAGUUCUAAAAGAAUGGAAUAUGACAGGAAAAAAGAAGAAUAGCAAAAGGAAAAGAAGCAAAUCUAAACAGCACUUCCAUAGCAGAGAUACGAAAGAUAAAGAUGACGGGGCAGAAAAGGUGUCUGUAGAAUCCCAAGAAUUAUAUGGCUGCCAUCUGAAUGGCUGUGAUAAGGACAUUUUCCAUAGAAAACCUGCCAGUGAAAAAUCAAAAGUAAUUCCUCAAGAAGAAAACAGCUUGGAAUGGAAGGACAAGGAAGAGACAAAGCCAGAAAUCACAGGGCAGGGAUCACUAACCCAUUGCCCACAGGCUUCAUGGCUCCCGGAAAGGCCUUCAGUGGCACCCCUAGCCCAGAAUCUGAGCUUUCUUUUUGAAAAAUACCAAAAGGUGGAACCGAAGAAAAUAUCUAUAGAUGCAGACCAAAAAUAUGUCAACACCACACAGCUGCCUGAUAUUUUCCAGUCCUCCCACCAAUCCCAGUGCAAUGCUGGUAGACCGAAGUCAAAGACAUACAUGGUUAAGUCAUCUGUCCCUGCAUCCCAUCUUGAAAUAAAACCAGAGGAUUCAAUCAAGAAAAGAGGUCCAAAUAUUGAAAAAUCUGUCAAAGACCUUCAGCGCUGCACUGUUUCACUGACAAGGUACCGCAUGAUGAUUAAAGAGGAAGUUGACAAUUCUGUAAAGAAGAUCAAAGCUGCCUUUGCAGAAUUACACAGCUGUAUCAUAGACAAAGAAGUAUCUUUAAUAGCAGAAGCUGACAAAGUUAAAGAAGAAUCCAUGGAAAUCUUAACUGCUCGUCAGAAAAAAGCUGAAGAAUUGAAGAGGUUAACAGAUUUGGCUAGUCAGAUGGCAGAGACUCAGCUGGCUGAACUGAGGGCUGAAAUUAAGCACUUUGUAAGUGAACGUAAAUAUGAUGAAGAACUGGGAAGAUCUGCUCGCUUCUCCUGUGACAUUGAAGAAUUGAAGACUCAGAUUCUACAGUGUGGAGAAAUUUCUCAUCCAAAGAACAAUUAUUCUUUACGAACACCAUCCAGCACACUGCUACAGUCAGCAACUUUGCACCCAGCAACCAGCAUACCAAGUGCACACACCCGAAAAUCUUCAAGUCGAACUCGUGCCAAGACUCCUGAUGGGAAUGCAGCAAUGGCUAAAGUCUCAAGCCAAGUUAUCACAAACACCACAGAAUCCUCUCCUCAGAUGAUUUCAGCAAAUAAACAGAAUGCAUCUUCUAGUCAGAGGCGACGAUUUCACACCCAGUAUCAUGGAAUUCGACUCAACGGAUCUCUUAAGUCACAAAGUGCUAGCAACGAGUCAGAUCAGAACAGUCCAAAGGGUAACUCCCGACAUGAAUACAGAAGACAGCACCAUAAUAGUUUUAGGUCAAAAAAUAAAGGGACUUUUAAAACUCAAGAUCAGUCUACGCCAGCAAAAAGCACCGAAAAUCUCACAUACACAGAAAAAACACGGCGAAAGCAACCUAUGCCAGGCCCUACAGAGCCUAGGCCUUUAUGCAGCAAUAUUCCACGAGUUUCUCAGUGCAACUUAUGCCCUCCAAGACUGGAGACCUCUGCAGAUGCUCCUGUUCUUUCGGUGCCAGCUGUGACUUUGGUGGCAUGAGAAUUGGAGAGACAGACUAGCAAAUGUAAUGCGUUUUAAUCUUUACGUUUCUCACUAAAGGUGCUUUAUUUUUCUUCCAAAUACUGGCAAAAAAUAGCUUGUGAAAAAUAUCACAACCAUGGUAAACCAAACUUACUGAUUUUAUUUCUAAACCAUAAUUAUCUGCCCUAUCUCAUAUUAUACUAUAAAAGCUUUGCUCAAUAUACUCAAGAUUAUUUUCCUCAUAACAGUGCAGUUUUUAGUUAGCAGGUACCUGGUAAAACAAUGAGAUAGGUGUUUGUUACUGUCCAAUUUGUCAUUUGUCGAAGAGUUGGUAUUAGGGAAAUCCUGACAUUUCUAUUGUUGGUCUGCAAUCAAGAUACUUGUGCUCAUAUAACAUUGUUGUUAACUAUUUCCAUAUUAUAUGUACCCCAAAUUGUUUGUACAGAACAAACCUUUUAAUUCUGUGUGAUGUAACUUAAUUUCAUAGUCUGAAUGAGUGUCAAGAUCAGUCAUAAACAGUAGCUAACAAACUACAUAUUAAUAUUUUUCUGUGCUGUGCAUUUGUACAAGAUUGGGUAAGAUAUACAUUUCAAAUUGAAGAAAUAAGCAUAAGUUUUUCAACCUCUUGAGUCCUUUUAGAUUAUUUUUGCAGACUAAAACUUGGACUUUUUAGUCUCAGAUUCCAGUAUUUUUUGUUCAUCACUGUAGACCUCCUUUCCCUUAUUUAAGUGCUGUUGGCCACAAACGUGUACAGAAUUGUAUGCACUUCGAGCACUUGAUUUCUUUGAGCUUAAAGUUGACACAAGUCAUUGUUGAAAUGUGGCCUACAUGUCUUUCAGGUCUGACAAGAUACCAUAGAAUGUGGAGAGAGAGAGAGAGAUCUGAGGAUAUGCAAAAUCCCAGACAACUAUUACUAAUAGCUUAAAUGGCUCGAGACUGCUUCAGAAAAUAUUUCUUUUUCUAAAAUAAAAAACACUAUUUUACAAAA